AUGGCACUGGCCAUGCCGCGCUCUGCUUCAAUUGUGUACCUCAGAACUCUGCGGUUUUUUUUUGACCAGAUGCUUGCCGAAUCCCAGAGUGCUUGA